GCUUGCGCUUGUCCGAAUUGCUUUGCCCACCUAUGUCCCUUUUGCGCAGAAUCUUUUAAUUUAGAUCGAACUAGCACGUGGAGGUGCUUGAUAUAAAUAUGGCAACAGAAGAAAAGAGAAUCGACGGAGGGCUAGAAGAUCCCGGCCUUUUUGAAAGGGACGUUGGAAAUAUCGAGGAAUCUACCAUAGGCGACGCCGUAGAGGUCCUGGCGCUUCAAGACUUGGAUCCUGCUCUUAACGCGAAGAUGCACCUUGUCAAUAACGCCAUUGAUGAGAUUGGUUGGACCAAUUAUCAUUGGAAAUUGUUCGUUCUUAACGGGUUUGGUUAUGCUGUCGAUUCCCUAGUACUCUUACUCCAAAGUAACAUAGCAAUUCCGGCCUACAAGGAGUUUGGCCAGGUUGGAUAUGACAAUGCCCAGACGAUUGCUACAUAUGUUGGAAUGCUAGUCGGGGCGCUCUUUUGGGGCAUGGGUGCCGAUAUUAUAGGGCGUCGUUGGGCGUUCAACAUAUCUCUUUUCGUCUCCGCCGUGGCAACCGUUGUCUCGGGUGCGGCUCCGAACUGGGCCUCCCUGGGCUUCUUUACCUCCAUGGUCGGAUUUGGAGCUGGUGGCAAUUUGAUAUUAGACACCACUGUCUUCCUCGAGUACCUCCCCAGCAACAAGCAGUGGGCGCUAACAUUUUUGGCGUGUUGGUGGGGUAUUGGUCAAGCUGUUACGGGCUUCAUCUGCUGGGGUUUCUUAGUUCCGCCUCAGUGGAAUUGUGAAUCUGCCGAUAAUUGUCCAAGAGAAUUCAACCAAGGGUGGCGAUACGUCAUGUACACAUCCGGUGCUCUCGUUUUCGCCAUGUCUAUUGCGCGUGUCACGGUUGUUCGUCUACAAGAGACUCCAAAGUACCGCUUGGGAACCGGAGAAGAUGCCGAGCUGGUCGAGACGCUGCAUUCGAUCGCCAAGAGAUAUAACCGACGCUGUACGCUGACCUUGGAAAAAUUGGAGGCUUGCGGGACAGUAAAGACUGCGCAUAGCGAGAAGCGUUAUUCGCUUCAGGAGAGUUUCGUUCAUAUUUCCGGACUUUUCGUUACGAUGAAAAUCGGCAUUUCGACCGUGCUCAUUUGGCUAUCGUGGACAUUGAUUGGACUUGCUUACCCUCUUUUCUACGUCUUCCUGAACACGUAUCUUGCCAGCCGUGGUGCUCUAGAAGGCGUUGGAACUUUCGACACAUGGCGUAAUUAUACACUUACAAAUAUAUCCGGCAUCUUUGGGCCAAUCCUAGCAGCAUAUAUGUGCAACCUUAGAGUCCUCGGCCGAAGGUACACCAUGGUGAUAGGCGCGCUAGUAACUAUGGUGUUCUUCUUCGCCUACACAGCUGUGUCGACUCCAGCGCAGAACGUUGGGUUUAGCUGUGCUAUUGCAUUUUGUCUCAAUAUCUACUACGGAACCUUAUAUGCAUACACCCCUGAGGUGCUACCGAGUGCCCAUCGUGCGACAGGAAACGGUAUUGCAGUCGGCUGUAAUCGUAUAAUGGGUAUUGUCUCCGCGGUUGUCGCUAGUACUGCUGACACUGGAACUGUCGUGCCGAUUUAUAUAUGUGCAGCUCUUUUUCUUGCCAUGGCGGUUGUCAGCGCAGUCUUCCCGUUCGAACCGUAUGGACGAAGGAGCUCGUAAUCUUUUACAAUUUUCACGGAUGAAGUAAUUCACGCGUAGUGACGCCUCGGCUCCCUCGGCCCCUCUCUCGCCCAUCUGCGUUCCUGCUGAGCUUCGAAUGUCAGGGUUCCGGAUUCACAAAUACGCUAUAACACGAUACUUAACACCUAGAGCUGGAUCCGCAUGGUCCGGAGUAUCCUAGGACGAGGAUUCGUAGGUUACUAGUAAUAGCCAAAACCCCCCAGUAGGGUGCUAGUUACUUCGGCUAGUCAUGCCAAAAAGAGCUGCGGAUACUAGUAGGUAGUACUCCAAUAGUUACAGCAUAUAUAUAUAUACGUUAAUAUCCUGUCCGAUUAUAGGCUAACGUCGUCAAAUACUAAAUACUUAUUAUUAUUAUUAUGAGGCUUCACAUCUCCCAUCCAACACCGCUGUCCUACUCGUGCUACAAAAAUGUCCUGAAGUAGUAUUGCCUCUAUAGGAGAGACGCAUCUUACCUUGAUGUAUGGAAAUGUUUUAUCGAGCUACAUAAUUAUCGAUCUAUCUUCAUUAUACCUAGGGCUAUAGAGGUCGAUGGCGUGAUGGCGA